GAACGCGACCGUUAGUUAGUUCCGUAAUUCAUUCUCGAACAUGAGGCCACUAUUGUUUAGCCUGCUGGUCGGGGCAUUUUUGAUCCUAACCAUUUCCGAUGGCAUUGGCAUUUUAGCGGAAAUGGAUCCAAAGCAAAGCUGUUUCCCGGGAACGAUUCCCGCCAUCAAGAGUGACCUCAUGCGAACCCUAAUCCUGUGCUACGUGUACGGAUGUCCGGACGAAGUAACGGACCUGAUUGCGCAGAACUUCAACACACUGCACCACUAUGACAUGCAUCCGGAGGUCCUGCUCGGAGAUGAUAAUUCGACUGAUACGGCGCUAGCUUCGAAGUCCAAGGACGAGCCACCGGUGAGCACACUAACGAAGCUGGCCAAACUUACUUCGGCUCUGGAGAAGGAUCGAAUAGCGGCCUUAACCGUUUGUACGGAUUGGAUGUCGUUGCUGAACAAACUGCUGAUCGACAUCAUGCAAGUAGAUGUCAAGUGUUUCCUUGAGCCGGACCCCAAAUAUCCUCCGGAAUUGGACUCGGAUGGGGCUGAAAUCGAUUGUGAUGAGAUGACAGUUUACAUGAAGCAGUUGCAAAAGUACUUCCGCAGCCAGUGCGAUUCGAAAGGGGAGAAUUGCAAUGCAAAACUCAAGACCGCCGUCAAUUGGUUCGGUCGAGCGUACAAACAGAUGGGCCGCAGCUGUUACUACGAUGCGUACGACUAUUUGGAUAACUGAAAUGAGAGUAACAGGAUUUUUUGUUUGAGUUUAAAAUGGGAGGUUAUCAAUGAUAUAGGUUUUGGACCGUUGAAUAAUAAUAUUUGAUGUUGAGUAGUUUGAAAAUAUAUAUAUUUUUAAAAGAA